AUGAGCGCCACCGGCUACGAUUUAGUGGAUAUUGGAGCGAAUUUGGGGCAUCCCUCGUACAAGGAUGACAUCGAUGAGGUGUUGAGUCGAGCCAAAGAAGCCGGAGUCGGCAAGAUCAUGGUGACUGGGACCAGCGAAAUUAUCAGCGAGCAGUGCGAGCAGCUUGUCCAGAAAUAUCCGGGAUUUUUAUAUUUUACGGCAGGCGUUCAUCCGCAUGACGCAAAGCAUUGGAACGAUUCGACACUGGAGACGUUACGACGACUUCAGAAAUCGCCGAGUUGCGUCGCCGUCGGCGAAUGCGGUCUCGACUAUAAUCGAGAUUUCUCGCCGCGCGAUGUCCAACGAGACGUCUUUCGGAAACAAGUUCAACUCGCCAUUGAGCUUCAAAAACCGCUGUUUAUUCAUGAGCGCGAAGCUUCCGAGGAUAUGGUGAAGAUUCUUGAAGAAGCUGGACAAAAACUUCCGCCCGCUGUCAUUCAUUGUUUCACAGGAACCGUCGAUGAGGCGAAAAAAUAUAUUGAAAUGGGAUUUUUCAUUGGUCUCACAGGAUUUUUGUGGAAAGACAAGUCGGAAAAUGGUGUUCAAGCGGGUUUACGAAGCGGAGAUAUCCCAAUAGAGAAAUUGGUUAUUGAGACGGACGCGCCGUACAUGUACCCGAAAAUCACUGACAAGAAGCUGCCGAAGGAAAUUCGGGAUGCAAUCACUGAGGAAACCAAAAGACUACAUAAAUUUUCUUCUUUCAAUCGAAAUGAGCCGGCGUCGUUGGCAGCGGUUUGUGAGCUCAUUGCCGGAUUUUCGGGAAAAUCGCCUGAAGAAGUUGCGAAAAUUACCACACAAAACGCCAAACGGAUUUAUGGAUUGAAUUAA